GACUUGGGGGUCUCGGGGGGGGUCUCACUGCCCCCCCUUAUAACGCCCCCCCCCCCAACUCAGGCUGUGGGCGGCUGACGGGGGUCAGUGCCCCCAUCACCAUCAGAGCUUCGGGGUCUCGAUUCGGGUCCUGGAUGACGGACGCUGUGAUGCCCAGCAGUGAUAGCAGGGUGAGAUGGGGGGCACCCCAUAGAGACCCCAUAGAGAAACCCUUCUAUACCCCCCAUUUCCACCAUCAAUCCCCCAUAACAUGCUGUUAUUUAACCCAUCCUUUUCCCCCCCCCCAUAUACAGGUAUUAAGGAGCUGGGAUACGGGUUACCCUAAACGUAGCGCGGGCGAAUCCUUCCUCAUCUGCGGGACUCUUUACGUCACCAAUUCUCACCUGGCUGGAGCUAAAAUCUAUUUCGCUUAUCACACGUCGACUUCGAGUUACGAAUACACGGACAUCCCCUUCCAUAAUCAAUACUCUCAUAUCUCCAUGCUGGACUAUAACCCACGCGAGAGGGUCCUUUAUACCUGGAAUAACGGGCAUCAAGUGCUCUAUAACGUCACCCUAUUUCACGUCGUCGAGACGGAUGGGGAGAUCUGAGCCUUCCUGACCCUCGUUCAUGGUCUGCUCUGUGCUGCUGUGUCGCAUUGGGAGCCUUCAUCCUCCUCUUCCUCACUUAUUGCACAUUGGGGUUCCGUCAUGUCA